GUCCACUUUGAAUUGAAACCAUAAAAAUGAAAUCCCUUUCAGCCCGCAAUUUGCUAAUACGAGUUUGAAAAGGGUAUUGGUAUUCCUUUAGAAUUCCUGCUGCAAGGGAUACAACAAUGGAGGCCGAGAAAGUUCAUGGCAACCGAAAAGAGAUGCUGGAAAAGAAGAAGCUAGUGGAAGAGAUCAUCAAAGCUGCUUCUUCUGUGAAUGACCAUCUCUCAUGCUUUCCGACAUUUAUUCAUUACCACAGAAACGGUUUGUCGGUAUACAUGGAAUCUGGACGUGGGAAUAAACUUUCUUCUCAAAUGAAGCACUAUAUCCAAGGCCUCCUCAAGGAAAAUAUGCGGGGACCAUAUGGAUCUGAAUGGCCAACGGAAGAGAAGGUCAAGCGCAAGGAAAUGGUUGCACCAGAAGCACGCUACAUUUUUGUGUAUGAGAUGCCAAGUGCUAAUCCUAGUGGAAUUCCUGCAGUGGGUUACCAGGACAGUGAUGAAGUUAAGACAGCGGAUGAUAAGUGCCAAGUAGUUGGAUUUGUACAUUAUCGCUUCACCAUAGAAGAAGAGAUCCCUGUUCUUUAUGUUUAUGAGUUGCAGCUUGAGCAACGCGUUCAGGGAAAGGGCCUAGGGGAAUACUUGAUGCAACUAAUGGAGCUUAUUGGUAGCAAGAGUAAAAUGGGUGCGGUGGUUCUGACUGUUCAAAAGGCAAAUGUUGUCGCUAUGAAAUUUUAUACUAGUAAACUUGGGUACUCCGUGUCUUCUAUUUCACCAUCCAGAUAUCUGGGGUUAGGACUGCAGACAAGUUAUGAAAUUCUCUGUAAAACAUUUCAUCAUGAAGCUAAAGCAAUGCUGGAGGAUUCGUAACAUGCUAAAGAAACUGAGGAGAUGUGGUGUUCAAUUGUUCGUGCGAAAAGAGUUGGUUCAAUUUCCAUUUGUUAUUCACUUGCAAGUUUUAGCUUUUCUGCUAUUCAACUUCUCUUGUGAUACGUGCAUGAAGGAACUAUGCACAGAAGUUUAAAAAGAUAUUCUUGAAGUGGUAUUUGAAAUAAAAUCAGUAACAGAAUGACCUGGGGAAACAAAACAAUGGAAAUAAUGAAAUGUAAACAUUCAGCAUCUAUCUCCCUUAGUAAUCAAUAACAGCAUCACUGUAUUAUCUUUAUUAAAGCUAAUCUCCGAGCUAAGCAUCUUUGUAGCAAACUUAAUGUUGAACAAAUAUAAGACAACAAUGUUAAGUUUAACUAUCCUUACCCCAUCGUAGGUGGGAGCCUUUGCGGCAUUGGGGGUAAUGAUGAUGAUGAUGAAUGCUAAUGUUAGAAAUCCGGACCGGCUCAGACCUCAAUUACCAAAAGCCCAAAGGCUUGCUCACAUUCACCAUCAAGGUUGCAAAAGGGAAACUGAAGGGCAACAGUCAAACUACCCUCACUCGCAGAACCCAAGCACCAACCCAGAAGACCCACCGGAGGUAACAACCCACUACACAACCAGACCUAAGUGAAGACCCCCAAGAGGAACUCCAAAGUAUCACCGGAGUUAUAGCCGGAGCUAAAACUCAGGCUGAACUGGUACUCUCUCACACUAGGUCUAGGGUAACUGGACAAGAGGCUCAUCGUUCAGAGAGGAGGAAAGGAAGAAAUAGGGGGUUCGAGAAGCAACCGGACAAAUAUAUCAAAGGGCCACAAGUUCACGGGCUGAGCACAAAACAAAGAAAGGCGAGUGGGCUUGGUCGCAGGACAGCCCAUAAAUGGGCCAGGGCAUUUAAUUGGAGACCAACUCCUUAAAUGAGGUGGACCAAGAACAAUAAUAGGAUGGCCUAGGUCUAUGAGGUGGACCAAUACCAUCAAGGCAUCAAGAGCUAAGUUUAACUAUAUUUUCCCUAUGCACUAAUAACAAAGAUAAUUUAAGAGUUGUAAACCAUUGAAGAAAAUAAACAUAUGUUUUGUUCAGAAAUCCUCCAUUACCUUAAUUACAAUCAGUAAGACUCUCGACUCAGUUUGAAUUAUUUAUUUCAAGUGUUAACUCUAUAUCGAGUGGAUGUGUGUUCGUUAAUGGUUUAAAUAAAAAAUAUUCUUUUUUAUUUAAAGACCCAAUGUGGUAUGUUGUGUGUUUAGUUUCAUCUCUUGAAUUUAAAAAGAAAGUAAGAAACAAUAAAUAGGGUUUUCUUCACUGCAUAAUUAUCACAUUAAUCUACUUCUGUUUGGAUAAUGUCAAGAAAAAGAUUAGAGGUGUCAAAAAAGUAACCUGUUGGUACUGCUUUAAUUUUUUGUUUUUGUUUGGACAAUCUUAAACUCUCUUGAUAAAGGGAGCAGACAGGCCCAAAACUGCUCAUAGGACAAGAUAGUGCAGGAUUUUCAUUCUAGAGCCUGAGCAGUUGUCCAUCCAAUGCUACUAAAUGGGACCUAGGUAGUAUGGGAUACCAGAAGUCCCACACCGAGUAGAAUGGGAUGCUUGGUGGGGUUCUUAAGUGCCUGGUUCUCCCAGCUUAACAGCUAGCUUUUGGGGUGUGGCUCUCCAAGGUGCUGAAGUUCCUAACAAUGGUAUUAGAGCCGCUUGUCGGCGGGCCAAAAAGGGGCUACCGGUGGAGGGUUCUGACCGGCGGAUCGGCUGAGUAAAAUACUGCCGGUUGAAGUUUCGCGGAGUGUAGCCGCCAGGACGUCAGCUUUCCAGGAAGGGUGUAUUGUUAGGGACAUAGGUAGUAUGGGAUACCAAAAGUCUCACACCGACUAGAAUGAGAUGCUGGGUGUGGUUCUUAACUGCCCGGUUCUCCCACCUUAACAGCUAGCUUUUGGGGUUUGGCUCUCCAAGGUGCUUAAGUUCCUAACACACUACAAUAAUGGCUGGACUAGAAAGACGUUUGUUUCAUUUUAUUUUGCUUAAAAUUAUAAUAACCCUGUAAGGCAAGUCUAUGAAUUCCGUUUUAGCAUUCGGUUUGCCUUCUGCGUGUUGAAGUUGGAGCAAUGCCCAGGACCAAUUACUAAAAACCUGUGGGUUGUGGCUUCCAUGUGCUUUGUUGCACCUCACUUUUAUGGUGGAACCAGAACAUUAUUUAUAAUCGAAAGAGAGGAAUAUUUUAGCCAUGUAAGGACAGUUAUUGGUGUGUGACGCCUCAUAGGACUGAUAGUAUCAUAGUAUGUACUCUAGGCCUAUAGUGAUCUACUGUAACAUGUAUUGAAGGUAUCUGUAGUGUUCUU